UAGAUGUACGUACGUCUCUCACGCGGCGGAUAGUUUCUCACGGGGCGGAUAGUUUCUCAUUACCCACUCGCCUGAAACGCUAUUCUAAUUUACACUAACCUUUUCUCAUUUUAUCAUUAUUUAACAACGCGGAAGGUUGAAAGGUUAAUGCGCGGGAAAUUCCAUUCUAUGGAAAAUUUUACAUUGGCUUAAAUCCAGAAGUGAAAAUAAAGAUGGACUGUGAAAAAGGUGAUGAAGCUAAUGAAGUGUUCGACUUGCGGGAGAACAGCAGUGAUGAUAGUGUUCCAUGCUCUAUUGAAAAAGUUCCAGAAAGAGACAAAUGGUCCUCGAAGUUUGACUUCAUCUUGUCAUGCAUUGGCUUUGCUGUUGGGCUUGGAAACAUUUGGAGAUUCCCAUACCUCUGUUAUAAGAAUGGUGGCGGGGCAUUCCUUAUCCCGUAUUUUGUAUUGUUGGUUACGUGUGGUGUCCCGGUUUUUCUACUGGAACUUUCCCUUGGCCAGUACAUGAGUCUUGGUAGCAUAAAAGCUUGGGGAAAGAUCGUACCAGGAUUUCAAGGAAUUGCAAUUGGUUCCAUCAUCAUUGUAUUUUGUUUGAAUCUAUAUUACAUCAUCAUCUUAUCUUGGAGCGUUUAUUACCUGUAUAUGUCAUUUACUACGUCACUUCCGUGGGCGACUUGUGACAAUGAAUGGAAUUCCGAAAGAUGUUUUGAUGGCAGCUCUAAUCGAAGCAGAAUAUGGAAAAAUCAAUCAUUAACAUCAAAUAUACCUUUAGCAUUGAAUUCAUCUGGGAAAACAGUGGACUCUGUUAUAGAGUUUUGGGAAAGAAAAGUGUUACACAUCUCAGAGGGCAUAGAUAAGCCGGGAACUAUUGUUUGGGAACUUGCUGUUUCCCUGCUCUUCGUUUGGAUACUCAUUUAUUUCUGUGUAUGGAGGGGUGUUCGAUGGAGUGGAAAGAUUGUUUACUUCACUGCGAUAUUUCCUUAUGUCAUUCUCACAAUUCUACUCUUGAGGGGCGUGACUUUGGAGGGUGCAGGGGAGGGACUAAAGUUCUACCUAAAACCGGACUUUUCCAGACUCGGCGAUCCGCAGGUGUGGGUGGAUGGUGGAACGCAGAUAUUUUUCUCGUAUGCUGUUGCUAUUGGUGCUAUGAUUACACUCGGAAGUUAUAACAAGUUUAACAACAAUAUCUACAAGCAAUGCUUCAUUAUAUGCAGUAUCAACAGUAUGACUAGCCUGUACGGGGGCGUGGCUGUGUUCUCGGUCCUCGGCUUCAUGGCCAAUGAACAGAAUGUUACAGUGGCGGAAGUUGCUCAAUCAGGUCCCGGUUUGGUGUUUAUAACUUAUCCGAAAGCUGUAACCCAGAUGCCAGCGUCACCGGUGUGGGCAGUCAUGUUCUUUCUGAUGAUUCUAUUUGUAGGCAUUGACAGUCAGUUUGUGGGUGCCGAAGGAUUUCUUACCCCGGUAUAUGACAUGUUUCCACACCUGUUGUACGGUUCCAAUUACAAGAGGAUGUUUGUGUCUGCCGUAUACUGUUUCGUAUCAUUUUUGAUUGGUCUUUGUAUGGUAACAGAGGGUGGAAUGUACAUAUUUCAGUUGUUCGACUACUAUAGUGCAAGCGGUCUUGUUUUACUCUGGGUGUGUAUGUUUGAAGCUGUUGUCAUCGGAUGGGUGUUCGGGGCAGAAAAGUUUGCAGAUGUUAUAGAACUUAUGACGGGACAAAGAGUUUCUAUCUGGUUUGUUAUAUGUUGGAAAUAUCUCCUACCAGGCUUAUCUCUCGGAGUUUUUCUCUUCAUGCUGGUAGAUUUUACUCCCCUGAAAUACAACAACGUGUAUGAGUACCCGGAUGAAGCGCAUGCGCUUGGUAUAUGUGUAGCACUUGUUUCUAUGCUGUGCAUCCCCAUUGUUUUCCUUUUCAAGAUGUUUAAGGCAAAAGGAACGCUAAGAGAGAGAUGGGUGGAAGUUACGACACCUGACCUCAAGUUUCAUCAGAUUCCAGAGUCCUGGUCAGCGAAAGUAUCAUCAAGUGCCUUAUGAACAUUUUAAUAAUCAUAAUGUUCCGGCAGCUUAUUUGAAUUAUUAGUUAUAGCUUGUUGAUUCAAUGUACAUGUGUUGAUCAGACAAAUACUUUGGUAAACGCUUUAAGUCCUAAGGUCAAAUAAAGGUGUGACAAAUAUUCCAAUUCGGCUUAUUGGAGGUUGCAACAUUGUUUGCUUGAAUUUUGCAAAUCUCAGAUGAUUUCUAAAAGCUCGGGUUUAUUCUUUCUCUCAUUUUAACUUUAUAGUAUACAGAAAGAUUUAUAGUGAUUAUAUAAGAAUUUUAGGGUCAUUUUAUAUCUGUUUUUUUUUGUUAACUCAGUAAGUUAAUUUUUUGCAGUAUUCGCCUUGUUGCCUUUAAUACGUCAGUCUUGUAAUCAUUGCAACAAUGAAAGAUAAAAAUAUUAAUGAUAU